CUCUCUCUCUCUCUCUGGAACCACACAGACAAGAGUCAAUCAGAAAUCAACAACCCCACAAAACCCUUUUGGUUCAGACUCCCACCUCCUGCAAAUAUUAUUAUUCUCUACCUCUCUCUCUCUCUUACUCUCAGAUGAAGAUGAGUUAUUGAGUGAAGAGAAGAAGAAACCUCUAUAUGUACAUGUGUAUGUAUAUAUUUUUUAAAAUUCCCUGCUAGCUAGCCCACCAAAUGGAGCUCACAGAUUUGCAAACCAAUAAUAAUCAAACCAACAAUUCUUCCCCACAACCCCACCAAACCCAUCACUCUUCUUCUUCUUCUUCCUCUCAUCUUCUCCUUCCUUUUGAUGGCAGAUCAGGACCAGGUCCCUCUUUUAUGGGCUCCAUCUCUAUCCGAUCACAACCACUCCCUACUCCAUCCUCCGCUUCUGCUUCUUCUUCUUCUUCUUCUUCUUCAUCAUCAUCUCCUUCUUCACUAUCUUCCUCUUCUUCCUCCUCUACUUCUGCUUCUAUCUCAUCCAUCACCACCACCACCACUCCUCACCUCGUGGAUGCCUCCCUCGCCAUCGCUACCAGAUCUACUUCUCUAAUUGACUCUACAAACAACAAUCAACAACAAAUCGCAGCAACAAACCCAGUAAAACGCUCCACCAAGGACCGCCACACCAAGGUCGAUGGCCGAGGCCGCCGCAUCCGGAUGCCGGCCACCUGUGCUGCCAGAGUUUUCCAGUUGACCAGAGAAUUGGGUCACAAAUCCGACGGCGAAACAAUUGAGUGGCUCUUGCAACAAGCGGAGCCGGCGAUUAUUGCUGCAACCGGCACCGGUACCAUCCCCGCCAAUUUUUCUACUCUCAAUGUUUCUCUUCGUAGCAGUGGAUCUACGCUAUCUGCGCCGCCCUCAAAAUCUGCACCGCAUUCUUUCCACGGUUCCUCGGCUCUUCAGCCUCACCACCGCGCUCACUACGAUGAAGGGGGUUUUGCCCAUACGGUUUCUUUGUUGGGUUUUCAUCAUCACCAGCAGCAACAACACCAUCUUCUGACUGCAGAUCAGAUUGGCGAUGCGCUUGCAACCGGCGGCGACGGUGGUAGGGAAGAUGAUGGUGGUGGCGAUUCGAGUGACAACUACAUGAGAAAACGCUUCCGGGAAGAUUUGUUUAAGGAAGAUAACCAGCCGCACAAUGAAAGUGGCAGCGGCGAUGGAGACGGAGGAUCUCCCAUCAAGUCCUUCAAAUCCGGUUUGCAGCUGCCUAAGCCUCACCAACAAACAACGAGUUCAGGGCUGAUGCGGUCGUCGAAUCUCCUUCCUGCGACUGCCAUGUGGGCCGUGGCUCCGGCACCCAACAGCAGCACGUUUUGGAUGCUGCCGGUGACGGGCGGAGGGGGCAGCGGAUGUUCGUCGGUGGGCGGCGGUGCUGGUCCAUCGGAGAGCCAGAUGUGGCCUUUUGCUAGUGGGAAUCCAAUGCAAGCACCUCUACAUUUCAUGCCGAGAUUUAACGUUUCGAGCAAUGUGGAAUACCAAGGUGGACAAACAAGUGCUUUACAACUGGGUUCCAUGUUGAUGCAGCAGCAGCAACCAUCUCAGCAUCUUGGUCUUGGAAUUUCAGAUUCCAAUCUGGGCAUGUUGGCUGCUCUAAAUGCUUAUUCUAGAGGUGGUUUGAACAUCAAUUCUGAUCAGCAAAAUAACCCAAUGGGGCAUCGUCAUCAACAACACCAGCCUCAAGCAACUGAUAGUGGAGAUGAGGAUCCCAAUAGUUCUCAAUGAUCCAUAAUAUAUAUAUAUAUAUAUAUAUAGAGAGAGAGAGAGAGAGAGAGAGCAUAUACAAUUCAUUCCCGUAUGUGACAGCUCCAUUCAUGGCUUAUAUAUAUAUGUAUACAAACAUACAUCCUCUCGUACGGGAGAAGGAUGAAUCAGGUAGAGUUUUGGUGGGUUUGUUGUUGGGUUCCUCCAGUAAGUUGAAUUUUUGCUGAGUCGAUUGUUUGAUAAAAGAGAAAAUCCAGUACCGGGUUUUGUAGGGGGAUGAAAGUUGAGAGUUUGCUUGGGUUUGAGUUUUUCCAAAUUAUUUACUUGAUGUGUAAUUUGGUUAGUUUAGUCCAAAGGGAAUUGAUGAGGAGAGUUUGUAUUGUAUAGCAGGAAUUCGUUUGUGUUUAGUGUUGUUGUUUUGGUUUGUUUGUACCAAAAAGGAAGUGAUGACUGAUGAGAAAAGGAUUUGUUAUUUCUGUUUCAA